AUGCCCGGGGGGAAGAAAGCAGCCGGGGGUGGCAGCAGCAGUAGUGGGGGCGCGGCCCCACCUGCAGCCGCUGCUGCAGCCUCUGCGGCCUCUUCCGUGGGAGCCCUAAGCUUGGAGACCAGCGAAGGGGCCUCUGCCCAGAGAGAUGAGGACCUGGAGGAGGAGGGGGAAGAGGACCUGCGAGAUGGAGGCGUCCUUUUCUUCGUCAACCGGGGUGGGCUGCCCUUGGACGAGGCCACUUGGGAGAGGAUGUGGAAGCACGUGGCCAAGAUCCACCCCGAUGGAGAGAAGGUGGCGCAGCGCAUCCGUGGCGCCACGGACCUGCCCAAGAUUCCUGUACCAAGUGUGCCUACCUUCCAGCCGUCUACGCCUGUCCCUGAACGCCUGGAAGCCGUGCAGCGCUACAUCAGGGAGCUGCAGUACAAUCACACAGGGACACAGUUCUUUGAAAUUAAGAAGAGCAGGCCUCUGACAGGGCUGAUGGACCUGGCCAAGGAAAUGACCAAAGAGGCUCUGCCAAUCAAAUGCCUGGAAGCUGUGAUCCUGGGAAUUUACCUCACCAACAGCAUGCCCACCCUGGAACGCUUCCCCAUCAGCUUCAAGACCUACUUCUCAGGGAAUUACUUCCGCCACAUUGUGCUGGGAGUGAACUUUGGGGGCCGCUACGGCGCGCUGGGCAUGAGUCGGCGCGAGGACUUGAUGUAUAAACCGCCGGCCUUCCGCACUCUCAGCGAGCUAGUAUUGGACUACGAGGCUGCUUACAGCCGCUGCUGGCACGUGCUACGCAAGGUCAAGCUCGGCCAAUGUGUGUCCCACGACCCGCACAGCGUGGAGCGCAUCGACUGGAAGCACUCGGUCCUGGACGUGGAGAAGCUGGGCCGAGAUGACUUCCGCAAGGAGCUAGAGCGUCAUGCCCGUGACAUGCGCCUCAAGAUUGGCAAAGGGACAGGCCCUCCCUCUCCCACCAAGGACCGGAAGAAGGACGUUUCCUCCCCACAGCGGAGCCAGUCCAGCCCCCACCGCAGGAACAGCCGCAGUGAAAGACGACCCUCCGGUGAGAAGAAGCCUUCGGAGCCCAAAGCCAUGCCAGACCUCAACGGGUACCAGAUCCGGGUGUGAGGCAGGUGCCAGAAGCCCAGGCCUCCCCUGCUACUGCAGACCAGCGUCUCCCUGCUGGAACCAGCAUCGCUCAUGGGGAAGGAGGGGCUCACAAUGGGGCAGGGUCAGGGGCUGCGGGAAGAGUGGGCUCCAGCUCAGCCCCACCCUACUACUCCAAGUUGCUCCCCUCCUAAUAAGCCCAGCCCCCUAACUUCUGGCCAAGAGGCAGUUAGUAUUUUAUUUGGAAUCUUGAACUCUAUAAUGAAGCUUCAAGUAUUAGGGAAAAAUGAAUCAAAUGGAUCUGCUGAUGGCUGCUAGGCUGGCAGGCAGGAGCUGGCUGAGGCUGGGUUGCCAAUGCUGCUGGUGGCCCUGCCCCUGGCAUCUGAUCCUAACUAUGGGAUGUGGGGGGGUGUGUGAGUGGGGAAGUGUUGCUUUGAUUCUGCCUACACUGGCAGAAUCUUGACCCAGGGUUCGGGAAGCAGGGUAGGAACCAUCUGAGAAAAGUCCAUUUGGCCCUAAAGCAGGAGCUCAGCACCGGCUACUUCUGUGCUGACAGUGGAAUCCUGUGGUCUGGUGACCCCCAGGCCCUGGUGCAGUGUGGCCAGCACUGCCCCAUGCUGGGGCUGGAUUAAUGGGGAACAGGAAAGAAGCAUGGGCCCAGCAUUCCCAGGUCCCCACACUGGGUCUGUUUGCUCAGGCGCAGCUCUGCCUGUUGCUGAAGGCCAGAGGGCUUUGUAUCAAGGUCUGCAAGACUUGAGGAGGAUGAAGCAGACCUUGGCUUCAAUCCAGGAGCAAUGGCUGGCCAUGGGGUGACUGCCAGGGACCCUUCAAGCAUGAGUCCUUCCCUUGGCCAUGCUAGGAGUAGGCUGUGCUGCUCCUGUCUGGCACAGCUCAGCCCUUGUUGGGGUGAACAGGCCAACUCAGAGAUGCCUGUGCCCUAGGCCCUGGCACCUAGAGCUGUCUACAACCUCCUGCCAGACAUGAGAAAGCUAGGGGUGAGAGCACGUGUGAAGGGGUUGGCAGAUUUGGGGGGCACCUCUGCAGGCUCAAGCAUCUAUCUGUAGGGCAAGGGUGUUCUGUGUUUCUGGAAGAGGGGCGGAGUGCAAGGACUGGGGAGUGUAAGUGACAAAGGGAUUGGGUGGGAGAGUUUGGGGUGGGGCUGCCUUGUCGAGUUGUGGGUUCCCUACAGCAAAGAGUCCGUGACUGCUGGUCAGGAUGCUGAAGGGAGUUCAGGUUACCAAAGGGCGGCCAGGUGAGAGUAGCAUUAUGGUUUCUUUGGACUGUGAGGUUGGAUUUGCCAACAGGGGCAGUUGUAGGAGGUGAGGUUAUGGAGUAGCUGGGGCCUGAGUAAAGGAGGCUCAGAGGUGUGAACUCAGGUGUGCUCAAAGGGAGGGCUGCAGGGCUGGGUGGGGACUGAAGCAAGUUAAAGGGCAUAUCCCCCGCCACCCUGCCUGCCCAAAGGGGCAGCCAUCCCCAUGUGGAAAGGUGGCUUUUCCAGAGGCUAUGAAAUCUGCUUUGUAAAGAUUGUCAUUCCAUUCAAAACGUGGACAAACCUAGCCUGGGCAAGAGAUCAGUUUGUAAACUCUGGAGAAAGCUGGGAGAGGGAGAGGUCCACUGAGGGCUUUGUGGAGGGAAGCAGGAAGGGGCAGGGAGAAGUG